AUGCUCUUGAUUAAUCAGCGGGCUGCCAACAAGGAUAUGCAGCCCAAUCAUAUGCAUCAGAAAGCUGUAACCUCCAUAUGCCCACGGAAAUGCAGCUGUGACCUGGCAGGGAGAGUGCAUUGCUAUAGAGUUGGAGAAAUGCCUAAAGAGAUCGCUCCUACUACCAGGAGAAUUUAUAUCAGCCACAGUAAGAUCAAACAGCUCCAGAUCACUGAUAUCAGCAGAAUGUCUGCCCUUGAAGAAUUUGUCCUGACCUGCAGUAGGACAGAAUCAGUGGAGAAUAACACUUUCAAAACCCUGGGUGCCUUGAGGACCCUGGAACUUUGGAAAAAUAAACUAAGCCACAUACCUACCUCGCUCCCAGCAAGCCUUGAAGUACUGAAGCUUGGUGACAAUUUAAUAAGUGUUGUCCAUGAAUCUGAUUUUGAAGGUUUACAAAAAUUAAGGGUACUUGAAAUACAAAGCAAUUUGAUAUUGGCUCUUUCUUUUAGUACUCUUUCCUCUCUUAGCAACUUGCAAAGUUUGACUUUGGAUGGAAAUAAUAUGGAAUCCGCAUCCGGAGCCCCCUCCCUUCCCAACCUAAAAUAUCUUAGCAUGGAGAAUAAUAAGCUGCACUCUUUCUCAGGAAGCUUUUUUACAUCUCUUCACAAUUUGCUGUUUCUCAAUUUAAAUGGCAAUUUCCUGACAAGCACCCCCUCAGAUCUGCCGAAAUCUUUGCUGUCACUGAAGUUAGAGAGAAACCAGCUUACAAUGCUAACAUUUGGAGAUAUGACACAAUUGGCAAACUUGUCAGAGCUUUUCCUGUCUGAAAAUCAGCUUUCAUCACUUGAUGGUGCACAGUUUCUUUUGAGUUUAACUAGGCUGGAGCUGUCUGGGAACAAACUCCGAACAAUACCUCUCAGAUUACCAGCCACACUACAGAAAGUUGACUGCAGCAAUAACCUGAUUGAGAUGAUAAAAGCACAAGAAUUCCAGGCUCUACAGGACCUCAAGCAUUUGUUCCUUGACAAUAAUAUUGUUACUACAUUUGAAGAAGGGGCACUUCAGAACUGCAGGCUACUGUCUAAUCUAGCACUUGAACAAAAUCUACUUAGUUCUAUACCAUUAAGACUCCCACAUACCCUAGCCAGAUUGGAUCUGAAAGGAAACAGCAUAAAAAGAAUUAAAGAGGAAGAACUGACUAAUUUAAGGCUCCUACAGGUUUUAAAUCUACGGAACAACAAGGUCUCCACCCUAGAUCAUAGUCUCUUCAAAUAUUUGCCUCGUCUCAGAUACCUGUAUCUAGAUGGCAACCCAUGGAACUGUACAUGUGAAUUCCUCCAAACCAGAAAGGUGCUCAUGGCCAAAGGCAUAGAUGUUAAAGGGGGACAGUGUACAGCACCAGCAGAAAGCCAGGGGGAAAGCUGGAUGUCUUCAAAAAGGAUCCUGCAUUUGUGUGUACACAACCAUCUGUAUUCGACAGAAGUGGGGAAAGAAACAGGAAAGAACAUAAAUGUUGAUGAUCCCUCAAGUCUCAGAGUAAACAUGGAUGAUUAUUAUGAUUAUGAAAUAUAUUGA